AUGUAUCUAUUUAAGCAAAAGAAUAAAAAAACAUACAACAGUAAGGAUUCGCUAGUGGUCACCCACCUAACUACUAACUUACCGGCGUGUGGCUUAAGUACGGCUGAGCGGACGGGAAGCCCUGUUCUCCACACCCUAUGGUCGUAUGUACUUGUAAUUGCAUUGAAGGGGACUAUAACUACGAAGGCCUUAUUGAUCAGACCUCGCUACUUUGUACAGUGUGGGGCUUAUGUGCGGUGGAAAGCCGAGGCAGGUGCCAGAUAUGCAUUUCAGCGCAUUUCAUGCCCCGAAGUUCAACAAUAUGCACAAAAACAUACCCGUUAG